GCCUUUUCCAAAAUGAAGGGGGGGGGAGAGAAAGUGUCCAUCACAGACUAGCCCCGCCCCCACAGAUCGCUAGCGCCAAUUAGCGACCCGCAGGGCGGGUGCAAAGCCAGGGGAGGAGGCUGCUGUUGCCCCAACAACAACCAGGGAGCCGGGCGGCGGGCGCGGCCUCGGAGGGAUCGGCGCCUCAGCUCUCUCGCUGUCGGGAAGGUCCUGGGAGAGGCGCGAGCCAGGCCCGGGAAGUCAGCGCGUGCGGAGAGAGGGACACGCCAGGCCCAUGAACUCCAGUUCCCUCCAGCACUUUCGCCUCUCCUAACCGUUAGGUGCCCUGAGGGCCAUGGCUGAGGUGCACGUGAUCGGGCAGAUCAUGGGGGCUACCGGUUUCUCGGAGAACAGCCUCUUCUGCAAGUGGGGCGUCCACACAGGGGCAGCAUGGAAGCUCCUGUCAGGCGUGCGGGAGGGCCAAACGCAGGUGGACACCCCCCAGAUAGGGGACAUGGCCUACUGGUCCCACCCCAUCGACCUGCACUUCGCCACCAAAGGCCUUCAAGGCUGGCCCCGGCUGCAUCUCCAGGUGUGGUCCCAGGACAGCUUCGGCCGCUGCCAGCUCGCAGGCUACGGCUUUUGCUAUGUGCCCAGCAGUCCAGGCACCCACCAGCUGGACUGUCCCACGUGGCGGCCCCUGGGUAGCUGGCGGGAGCAGCUGGCGAGGGCCUUUGUGGGUGGCGGGCCUCAGCUACUGCAUGGAGAUGCCAUCUACAGUGGGGCUGACCGCUAUCGCCUGUACACCGCCGCCGGUGGCACCGUGCACCUUGAGCUGGGCCUGCUGCUGCGCCACUUUGAUCGCUAUGGCGUCGAAUGCUGAAGGACCCGGUAUGGACAGCUGGCCCCCAGUCAUAUCUCCGGACACCCAGUGAGGGGCAGGAUGGCACAGUGGUUGGAAGCGUGGGCUCUGGAGACUGUCAGACCAGACCGCAGCCAAGGCUGGUGCGGCUUCUAUCCUGACGAGCACGUCAAGCCCAGUGGCUGCCCCUCCCAGGUCCAGUUUCCCCAUCUGUAAAAUGGGGGCAGUAAAUGUGUGGGCUCACAGGGGUUGGGUGCAAAGAAGCUGUUGGCAUAUGGAAGGGCUCAAUAAAGGAGAGCAGUU